UAGUUAACAUGACAUCCUCAAUUGAUAUGUAUGCCAAGUGUGGAACAAUAAAGUAUGCUGAGAGGAUAUUUAACAAUGGAUCCAUUUGUAGAGAUGUUAUCCUAUGGAACUCUAUGAUAACAAGCUAUGGUAUUCAUGGUCAUGGACAGCAAGCUCUUGGUAUGUAUAGAAAAAUGAAGGAGGAGGGAUUUGAGCCAAACGAAACCUCCUUUCUUUCUCUUCUAACUGCUUGUAGUCACUCAGGACUUCUUGAAGAGGGGAUCAAGUUUUUCCACAGCAUGGAGAGAAACCAUAACAUUAGGCUGACAGAAAAACACUAUGCUAGUUUUGUGGAUCUUCUAAGCAGAGCAGGCAGAUUUGAAGAAGCUGAGGCAUUGAUUGAACGAAUGCCUUUUAAACCAGGAAGCUCUGUUUUUGAAGCAUUGCUCAGUGGAUGUCAAGCUCACAAGAACAUUGAACUGGGUAUAAAGACGGCAAAUAGAUUACUUUGUAUUGAUUCCAUGAAUCCUAGUGUUUAUGUAGGUGUUUCAAAUAUUUAUGCUCAAGCAAGGAGAUGGGAUGAUGUGAACUACAUUCGAAACCUCAUGAGGACAAGAGGACUACGGAAAACACCCGGGUGUAGCUUGAUUGAAGUGGGAAACCAGGUCCACACAUUCUUCGCUGGAGACAAUUCACAUCCUAAUUGGGCAGAUAUUUAUCAGCAUUUAGAGAACAUAAGAGUAGAAGUGGAGGCUUCUGGUUAUAUCCCCAAUACAAGCAGUGUUCUUCGCAAUGUAGAUGAGCCAAUGAAGAUAAGGCUGCUAUGGGGGCACAGUGAGAGAUUAGCCAUUGCAUUUGGGCUCUUAAGUACACCAGCUGGGAGCUUGAUUAGAAUCACAAAGAAUCUAAGAGUGUGUGUUGAUUGUCACAAUGUGACUAAACUUAUAUCAAAGAUGAUGAGGAGGGAGCUUAUUGUGAGAGAUGCCAAUCGUUUUCAUCACUUUGUGAAUGGGAAGUGCUCUUGUAAUGAUUACUGGUGAUGAGCUCUUUUCUCCUUGUCACAAAUUGCCAAACUAAAAUGUUAUCUGCUAUUGUGCCCAAGAAUUACUUGCUUGACUGACUUUGAGAUACAGAGUACGAAUAAUAACAUUUGCCAGUGGAGAAAAAAGAGGUUAUGUUGUAUUCUAUUUAAUCAGAUGAUGUUGUAUUGUUUGUUGUUUGAUGUUUUUUUUUUGAUUGGAUUGAUGUUUGUUUUUUGAAGAAGGAAAAAAGAUAAACAAGCAUUGAAUAUUUGAAUAUUAUGACAGAGCUCAAAUUGUUAUACCAGUACAGUACAACCAUUAACGUACAGGCCCUCUGCUCCUUCCGUCAGCAGAUGACUGAAAGUAGAAAGAGAAACUUAGACGCUAAGUAUUUGUUCAAAGAAGAUGCCAUGCAAGUCGAUUUUACUUUAAUUUACUUUUGCUACUUUAAUUUACUUUUGCUACUUUACUAAACUGCUAUAUCUUUCUUCUUCCUUGCUACAAUUUUUCUCCGAAUAUUCAUAUCUCAACCUCGGAACAUUGGACUAGGCCACGAAGACAUGUCGAAGAACCGAUUGCAAGAGAAGGCUCAGAAAAGCCAUUCAAAUUUUCCCUCGUAUUCAUCCACCCGGAUAGGAACGGAUCAUGCCCCAAAAUUCAAAGCAACCGUCAACUUCAAAGGAAACACUUUCGUAAGUCCUACCUUUUGCUCUACUCUUAGAGAGGCAGAGAAUGCUGCAGCAGAAGUAGCAUUGAACACAGUUGAAAAAGGAGGGCAUAAGGCAGCAGUACUGGUGAGAAGCAAAAACCGUAGUGCAUACAUGUUUAAGAACCGAUUGCAAGAGAAGGCUCAGAAAAGUCGUUUAAAAUUUCCCUCGUAUUCACACACCCGGAAAGGACAGGAUCAUGCCCCACGAUUCAAAGCAACCGUCAACUUCGAUGGAAAAACUUUUGAAAGUCCUACCUUUUACCCUACUCUUAGAGAGGCAGAGAAUGCUGCAGCAGAAGUAGCAUUGAACACAGUUGAAAAAAGAGGGCAUAACCUAGCAUUGGCCGCAGUACUGGCUGUCCUAUUCCUAUUUCUACAUGCAUGGCUGUAUCCCGAGUCCACAAGAGAACCCUGAAACGGGAGCAAACCGCCCUUCCACCUUUCUCGAGUGCUGCAGGAGUAAACGUCUUUGGAGCUUCUCAACAGGAAAAUCAUCGAUUUUGUUGUUCAGUGUUAUAGAAUCUACCGUGUCGUUUGCACCAGAGAUAAAUAAGUUUGUUAAACUUGUUCAAUGUUAUACAAUCUACCGCGUCGUUUGCACCAGAGAUAAAAAUAAGUUUGUUAAACUUUAUAUCAGUUGCACCUUCUUUGUUCGUUGUUCUGUUUUGUUUCGCUCGUUGUUUGGUUCGUGUUGUGUAAUGAAGUGAAAACUGAGAAGUGUGAUCCGGGG